AUGGAGCUGGCAGAGCAAGACAAAGUGGAGCAGCUGAAAGAUGGUUCCUCAGGUCAGACUACAAGCAAUCAAAAAUUCUGUAAAUCCUAUUCAUCCUGCUACUCCAUCCUAAGUGAUACACACACUACUCCACUGGUUUUAUCACAAAACAGAGGAAUCAUCAGGCAGAACUGUGAUUCUGGGCUACCAUCCCCACUUCCUUCAGAUUCCUUCAAGUAUCUCGGCUGGUGUGACAUAGAAGAACAUGAUGUUCGAGGAAAUCAGCUUUAUUGUCCCCGAGUGAGAGAAGGGCCCUCAGAAGAAGAGCUGUUUUUCAGAGGAGAAGAACAGACUUUGAAAAAAAGAAAACAAGUAACUGACACAGAGAAGUGGCAAAAGAAACUGCAAGAGAACUGGGAAAACUGCGCUGAGUUGAACCUUUCAUUUCAGGACCUGGGUGAUCUUUACCAGGUGGAAAACUUUAAAAGGAUUCUCCAAAGACUAAUUCGGGUGGAAAAACUUUGGUUGGUGGACAAUUCUUUGACAGACCUAAGUGCCAUAAGGUUGCCAAGAUGCAGAGAACUAAAUGUCAAUAAAAACCACUUUACAUCCUUCAAACAGCUGCCAAAGAUACCUCAGAUUCAGCACUUAUCACUCGCUGAAAAUAACAUUGUGACACUAAGUGGAAUAUCAGACUUCAGACAUACUCCACUUGAAUCCCUUAUACUCAAGAGGAAUCCCUGUGAGUUUCAAGAAAGAUACAGACAACUUGUAUUCUCCAGUUUGCCAAAUCUGAAAAUGCUGGAUGGUAUCCCAAAACUGCCAGAGGACUGUUCACCCCCAGAUGUCAGGGUUUUUUUCAAAAUGUGUACUAUACUUUAGCACUGUAUUUUUGUAGGACCACAGUUGUGCUAGGACCACCUCACUUAAAAGGUACAGUAAAUCCUGU